AUGGUCUUACGGUCCUUCGCAUCGUUCUUCUGCGCGUAGUCUAUCUAGUUGCGCCUUGACGAGCUCAGAGUGUAGUGGAUGGUGUAGCUGGAGCCCGGAGACCGUGCUCUGUGUGGAAGCCUCAGAAUGAGAGCGACCACUUCGAGUGAAGAUUUUACACGGAAUCGAAUGGUGGUCCUGGCUGUUCGGCCUGUUAAUGACCAGGGAGACUUCAUUCAUUUUUCGUAUAAUUUUCAAAGAUUCCUUGUAGGUGAAAAAAUCGCUAAGCUUUUUUGAACAGAUUUUCUUUCCUUUUUUCGCAGCUGCAGUUUUUUCUUCUCCUGCAGGGCACCUGCAUUUUUGCAAGUUGCCAAAAAGCGGUCGGUUCGUGUCGCUGUGACAACGCCUGAUUCUAUCGGUUGGGACCUACUAUCAUUGGAAACAAUUUCACAUUAUUUUGCCGAUUCGAUUGCAACUGCGAAAAUAGCAUGUGAACGGCGGCUGGACAAGUGGCGGGUCAGCCUCCGCCGUGGACUCCCUCGUCGCCUGCGGCUCUUUUCUCUUUGCCGGCGCGUCUCCACCCUCUCGUCCUAUGCGUUAUCAAUAACUUUCCCCAAAUCCAAAUUGAUUACACAGGUUCUGCAAAAACAAUGAACGGCAUGGAAAACUCAACAAAAAAGUUGUUGACUUUCUUUUUUCUUUUCUUUUUUUUUCUUCAAAUCAAGUUGGCCUUUUUUCCUACCACUACUGAGUUUAUUCGAACUUUGAUUGUCAUAAGUCUGCGGGCCUUUUUUGAAAACGGUUUUUUUCUCUACGGAAAAAGCUAUUCUGGGUUUCUUACUGUUUACACAUCGAUUUGAUUUUUUUUCACUGUUCUCUUCAGUGGUAUAUUCUUGCUACUUAUUUUUAUUUUCACGGAACUCGCGUCAAUUUUUCUCUUUCCAAAAUUUUGUUUAGAUCAUUUCUAGCUUAUCACAUUUUUCCCUAUUCACGCAUUAUAUUCAUUUUUUUUUCUCUGCGCGUACUCGAUUCCGAUGAUGAAAAGUUUCAAUUCGAAGCUCAUCUUACGGAAAUGAUACAAAGAAGACUUGGAUUGAAGGUGCUCAAGGAACCGUGGCUUCGUCGCAAAGCGAGUGGGAGGCCGGCGGACCACCGCGACGGUCCAUCUCUACCGUGUGCGGACCCGACCAUCGCCAGGUCAACGCCUUCUACCAGCAUUUCUUCCCCGAGAAGGUAUUCCGCCCAAGAUGUACUACAAACACUUUGAAAAACAUUUGAUCCGAGUCAAAAAAGAUAACUUCUUGAAGACAGAAGGAAAACCUACAAAUACAAAGUUUAUGUUUAAAAUUGUUUUAUAUUAUUUUUUAAAUUCUCAGUUUGGUUGAAAAUUGAAGUUGGGUAGGGAAAAUUCUACAAAAUUUGCAAAAAUCAAGGAAAAAAACGUCGGAUUGAUUUAAAUUUCUGUGUGCAGUGAAUGUAGGCGAGAAUUCGGUGUUGGUAAUACGGAUUUGUUUCUUAUAACUCGUUGAAAUUAGUCUCCCAUCUGUAAUCGAUUUAUUUUAAACUUCUUUCCCCGCAGAGUAAUAUUUUUUAAAUUCUAUUUAAAGCGGAAUCGCGGAGAGAAAGUUUUUUGUGAACCAAUAACUAGAAGUUGCCUCACAAGUUCUGAUCACCUCAGUUACAAGUUCGGAAUAUGUUUUGAAUACAACCGUGCUAAAAAGUCAAAAAUUCAGCUAAUCUUGGCAUGCAAAAAUGUUUCUCCACGUAUGUAGGUUAAUUUUUUUGUAUCCUUUUCUAGAUUUUCCCAGACCAAAAGACGUGGAAUCAUAACGAUUUGUUCCUUUUUCAGUUGGCCAGUUUUGGAGGCUUCGGUUCAAACGGACUCGUGUCAGAACGCACGGCGGCACCGCACCAGCCAUUUUUUCCGGUUACUUCCUCGUCUUGUUUUCCGGUCGGAAAGAGGCUCGCAUGAGUUGCCAAAUUUGCCUAAUUACCAAAAUCUUCAGUGGGCGUUGAAUGAAGCUCUCCCGCCUACCUAAUUAGUUUCAAAAACAAACAAAAAUUUCUGAUCGUAGAUUUUUGCCGGAUACAUUCUCACGAGUUCUUCUGGAGGAAAAAAACAAGACAUCUUAUAAUUUACAGGAACCGUCUUUCGAUCCAACGCGUUUCUCACCCCCAAAUGUCACGCCGCCACCAUCUAACGUAACGUUUCAAUUAUUUCAUCACUGUUUAUUUUUCUCUCAGAAAGUUUUUCCCUCGAUAUAUUUUUCCAAUACUCAAAUAUCAUGCCGCUUUUUUUGGAAAAAAAUAAGAAACUAAAAAAAGCAGGAGGUUUUUUUAUCGAUUUUUUUCUAUCAAACCUUUUUUCAAAAAGGUUUUGCUAUUUUUGCAUGUCUGUUUUUGAAUUAAAAAGUGAACGUCUGAAUCUGAAGGAACGCCUUUUUUGGCUCAUUGAACUUCUUUUUUUAUUGAAAAAUUUCGGUUUUUAUACUGAUCGUCUUACUUUCUGAGCCCUUUCAAAUUUUUCCAAUGUACCCUAUUUAUUACAAUUAUUAAAACUCAUCACGCUAAAGUCUCCACAGGAACCUCUUUGUCUGGACUAAGUUGCACCCCGCUUUCAGAACAACUACGAGUCUUGCCGAGAGAGUCCUCGGACAGUUCGGUUCGACCUGCGCUGCGACAGGCACUGGGAGAAGUCGUCGAGGGAGGCGCCUCCCCGGAAGUCGAGCCUCGCCCCCAACUUUUUCUCUUCUCACCACCACGACAGCCUCGAGAACUCAUUUGUCGACCUCCAGGUCAGUCUUCGAGCUUUAUUCUUAAUAUUUUCGAAAGGCCGAAGUUAGGCGAUAACUCCGUUUAAAAUUAUCAAUUUCUACAUUUUUUCGCGACUUGGCAUUCUUGGCCUUUAAAAAAAAACGAAUAUUGAAAAAUGCAGCAGUGUUCGAAAGCGAAACUCUGAUUUCCUGAAUUUCUGAAAGAAAAUGGUAAAUUAGGGAAGUUUACGUUUUUUUCAAUGCACGAAAAAAAUACAAGAGAGUAGAAAAAAAUGAAUAUUAUUAUUUAUGGCUCGGCGAUUGCAGUGAGUUUUGAAAAGUUUUUGAAGCUUUGAAAAAAAUUUGAAAAAAAUCUUUUUAUUUCAAAGCAGAAAAUCAUUCAAUUUUACAUGUUUUUUUCUAAUACUUGCUAAAAAGAAGUUUUUGAACAUGAAUUAUUCGUAACAACUGGAUGAUUAUGUCUUAAUCGAAUUUAAUUUUUUUUUUAAAUUUUUGUUUCUCAGAUGACGUCAGGACACACAAACAGCGCCAUCAACGGACACACGCCUUCUUGGAAUCCAAUUGUAGGUUUUUCUCAUUAAUUUUCUCCGUUUUCCGUCUCCCAAGAUGUUCAUUUCAAGUGAGAAAAUUCUCUUUCAAGCAACAGAUUUUGUUCCUUAUCAGCGCUCUGAAAAUUUGAGGAUGAUUGAAAAAACUUUUCCGCGAUAAUCCUCUUAUAGAUAAAAAAAUGAGAUCUAGAAAACCGUGUUUAGGAUUUUUUCGAUGAAAAUUGCAGAUGCGAUCCGAAGGACCCCCUCCUUCUCGCAAAUCUUCCUGCAACGAAUCUCGUCGCUCCCCCUAUCAGUGAGUUUUUCCAAUCUUUUUCUUUUCCUGCUCUGCUACUCUCAAGACAUGUCAUAGUUCAUCAUGAUUAUGAUACCAAUUUCGAGAGGCCAAACCGAAUCAAGCACUGCAGCUCAUGCGUGUAGGACUUUGAGAUUUAUCCACGAAUUAAAAAAUUACGAUUUUUGUAAAUUAGUUUGAGGUAUGCGAUAAGUAUAGUUAUGUUUCAAAAAGGAAAUGGCCCAAAUUUUCGUAAUUAUCAACUGUAUUUUUCAAAAAACAAAAGACAAUCUCAAAAAGUAUAUUAAGGGCAUCGAAAACAAAAAAAUUCAUAUUUUUUUGAAUGUUUAGGUUACGCCUAUUUUGGGCUGCAGCUUGCAUAAUAGUUCUAGUUCCAAUUUUCUAAGAUUACUGAAAAAAGUAUGAAUAACUAGCCAAAAUAUAGUUUAUCGCUGUUUUCAUCUCAUACGUAGACAUGCUCCGGCUCACUUCUUUUUUUUUGCCUUGGAAGCUUUGCGACCUCCAUUCCAACUCUUAACACGCUGUCUCUGUAAUUUUUUGAUGAAACUUCAUCCAGUGUGAUAACCCAUCAUCAGAAAUGCGGACACAACUUUUUAAGCCAUUUCCUCCUACUGUAGCCGGGUUACGGUAGACAGGUGGGCAAUUGCGUAUCUAAGUAUUGAAGAGUUUUUACUAGGCAAGUGGUAUAUCAAUCGAUAGGUAAUCCAAUUUUAGGAACUUUUACAGUACAUACCAUCUUGGGUUACUGUAGGAAUUUUCGAGUACGGCGACUUUUGUGUUUGGGAAAGUCGGUUUUUCGGUCACCCUGGUCGUCGGCAUAGAAUAGUUUUAUAUUUGAUAGCUUUGAAAACAGCGGUACAGUUGGAAAGGGAAAAAAGUUCGACUUUCCGAAGGGAAUCGCGCUUUUUCAAGCAAAAAUUGAGUUCAAAGCGAAAUUUCGGCUGAACACGUAGCAUAAACGUCUCUCCAAAUCCUUUUAAAUAAUACAUAACACACUGUAGCUUUCACACCAACAUCUAACAAAAGAAAAAUGUGAAAAAUCGUCAACCCCGACCAACCCUGGCCGCCAAGUGCCAAGUUGCGCGCGUUCGGAGUGAAAUCUCGAAAUGUUAGGUUUAGAAAUUAUAACUUUUUUUGUGGCAUUGUGGAGAGCAUACUGAAGGGCAUAUUCCAUGAAAGCAAUCACGAUGCGAUUCUAUGGCGACGACCAGGGUGACCGAAAAACCGACUUUCCAAACACAAAAAUUACCGUAACUCGAAAAUUCCUACAGUAACCCAGGUUGGUAUGUACUGUAAAAGUUUCUGAAAUUGGAUUGCCUAGCGAUUGAUAUAUCACUUGCCUAGUAAAAACUUUUCAAUACUUAGAUACGCAGGUGCCCACCUGCCUACCGUAACUCGGCUACAGUAGAACGAAAUGACUCAAAAAGUUGUGUCCGCAUUUCUGAUGAUGGGUUAUCACACUGGAUGAAGUUUCAUAAGAAUCAAAAAAUAAAAUUUUUUAUUGUACCCGUUGUUUUUGACAGUUACAGAGACAGCGUGUUAAGACUUCAUCAGGGGUCAAUUUCAGUACCAAAGCAUCAAUACACUAUUUUGUUUUAUUUUCGAGCUUGUUUCGAAAAAUUUCAGUUUUCUAAUAUUCAAUCAAAGGUCCUCAAUGCGAAGUACAAAGGUGAAAAAAUGGAAGCACAUGAACGGUUAAUUUUUCAUGUACUUUCAGAAUCUAUUUUUUUUGCAAAACAUUAUUUAAAAUAAGAAGUAACAAAAAAGAAAGAAGAAUAAAGAACGAGGAGGUGCGACAUCUGCGAGAAUCGAUCCUGCGAACGCAGACUCGCCGCGAGGCCCAAUUCUCGGCCCAAUGGCAACUCCGCCUUGUUGCAGCCAUAGUGUCCUUCCGAAUCCCACCUUUUUCUCAGCUUUCUCUCUACUCAACGCUCUUUUUCUCAGAUUUUUUCAUUAGUACGCUCAAUCUCGUUUGGUUUUCCGAAUAACACUCUCACUCGAACGUUUUUAAAACAAAUUAGCAAUAUAGACUGUUUUUGUCAGCUAAAUUCGAAGUUCAUUCCCUGGAAAAAGCUUUAAACGGUGCAGCGACCUUAAAAAAAGGGAACCUAUUAUUUUUGUUGAAUCUUUCCUCUUUUAAUUUUUUUUUAAAUAUCUGCUAAUCUUCAAUUUUUAUGUUUUCACAGAAAGACUUUUUCGGAAAUGAACUUUGAAGAAGCCUCGAGAGCCAAAAGAAGCCUUAAUGUAUUGUACUUCAAGCUGGCCCUAGUUUAAAAAAAAACUGCGCGAUAAAAUUAGAAUAAUUGUUUUCUAUUUAUUCCAUAUUUCACAUUCCACAUCCUUGCAAUUUACAUAAAACAGAAAAGAGAUACCCAAUAUUCCUGGAGGCCAUAUUUUAUAACGCCAAAGAAAUUUCACCUUCGUGUUAUUUUUUCCGUUCCGACAUGGCUUCAAUCAGUAAUGGCUACGUUUUCUGAUUAAUGUUUUGGCGCGAAAAAAUGAAAUUUGCGGUCGAAUCCACGGGUAUUCUCGAGGCGCACAGAGAGGCCGACGGCGAGUGCAGACUAUUUGUCUCUUGAUAAAAACAAGUUUCUCUGCACACUUUUUUUUCUUUUUCUCUCUCUCUCUCUUUCGCACUUUUCUAUUCGACGUGAACGAGGCGCCCAAAACCGAAGUUUUCGAUAGCAAACAGUCUUUUCCACUGAUGAACAUGUAUUUUCAAGUCUCAACUCAUUUUUGACGAUUAUGAAUUUUUGUGAGCAAGGUGUUUUCUAAAUUUUUCUAUGCAGGAGAACCCAAAUAGUGGUUCUUUUGUAUAAUAGGUUUUUUUGAACAUUUUUUUCGGUUUCAUUUUUUUAUGGAAGUUUUGAGUUCUACAUGUUCAGUUGAUAAUUCAAUUGAUAUCUCUGUAGCUGGUUGUUUUGGAAAGAAAUGAAGGAAUAAUAUAGUUUGUGAGGCUUAAAAAAAUUAAAAAGAGAAGAAAAGAGGCACGUUUGCUAGCAAAAUAUGAUAUAAGAUUUAGCCGAAAAAAAUUUUUCAAAUUUGAUCUCCAAAAAAAUUUAAAUAUUUUUUUGAGUUAUUUAUAGAAUUUUUUUGAAUCUUCAGGCUUUUUUCAAAAAUAAAGUUGCUUUUUCGGGAAGAAAAAAACCAGUUCCAUUAUCAUGUAUUUCCUGUGAACUUUUCAUUAGUCUCAUUGUAGCUGAUUGGUAAAAAAAACAUUCACAUCAAAUUUCUGAAUCAAGGUGUUUGGCCUCAUUGGUAGAUUGACAUUGCAGAGUUUCCUUUGCAACUGAUAGGCAUGGGGGUGGCCGUUGUCCCGAGACUGGUCGGUUCAGUUCGACGGGGCCUGCACCUGUCGAUGGCACGUGCCAACCAUCUCUCUCUUCCUCUCUCUUUCUCUCAUUUUUUCCUGCAAAAGUUUCAGCUUCACUGUCUCUUCUUCAUAUUUUAUCUUUUUUUCUCAAGUUUGGCAGCGAGAGCUCAAAUUGAAAAUUCUCUUCAACGAUGAACCAUUGUUUUGCAGAAACGCGACAACUUUGCCGCAAAACAUCGCCGAGGGGCUGCCGCCCAACAAGGUAUUUUCAACCUGCAACUGUUCAUUUCAACUUUUUCCGGUUGGAAAUCGAGAAAUGUCUACUAACCGUUAAAAAAGUUUUGAGAAGAUUUCUCAUAACUUUCCGUCUUAGACAACAGUAAAAGUGUUUUUUUUAUAAUUUUCUAACUUUAUUAAAAUGGAAAUUUCGCGUCUUUUUCAAUCUAUCUGCGUAGAAAAACUGAUUUCGUUCAUGUGUAUAUUCCUGCACCAUUUUCGAUUUUUUAAUUUUUAACUCCCGAAAACUUUCGUCGGCCAGAGUGAAAAAGAGUUUCAGAUGGAAGAUCAGAAGUUGUUCACGUCGAUCCAACAUCGUUCCUUCGCGCCCAAGCGUUCUCAUCCGUCGAUUCCAACUCGAAAGGCUUCACUUAUGGCUCUUAAAAGGUUCAAUCUUCUUCUCGUUUUCAUUGAAAGUGUCUGGAAUUUCAUUCCGCGGCUUUUUUGAGAUAAAACUCUAAAAAAUAGAAACUAGAAAGGACGAGUUUAAAAGCGCCUUUUGAAAUUGUCUGCAGUUUUUCUCGCACGAAAAGCAAGCCGUUAAAAUGUGCAAAAGCAUGCAAAAAGGUUUUCUCAUAAAAUUUUACGAGUCUGGCGAUCUUUAAACCUUUUUUCUUCAUAAAAGUUUUGUAGCCGUGUUGAAUUAAUUGUUUAUAUGUGAGCAAUUCAUAGUUAAUUAAUCAUACGCUUGGGCUAAUUAUUCGAGCAAGAUCAAUAAAACUUCCUCUCUUUUUUGCCAUCUCUUGAAGGCACGCUCUGGUUUUUAUUGAAGUACCGUAAAUUAUAGAGGAUUUCAGAUUUUCUUUUCGCUUCCGGCUUUUUCAAGGCUGAAAAGGCCUGUUUAUGCUUGACUCGGGACCUGCGUUUCCGCCCGAAACAUAGAUAUAUCACUGUAUCAACUUAGGUCAUCAUAUUAUCGGAUUUCUGCUAAUCAAGCUUUAAAUGAAAGUCAAGCUCCGAUCUUAUCAAAAAAAAAAAAAGAAUUACGUCCCAGGAUUAGUUUCAAUCUCAUGAAAAAGGCAUUCUUCUAACGGUUCAAACAGAGUUCCUCGCCUCGGUGUAUAACUGAAAUGGAAACCACAUUAUCAAACCAAGUUUUGUCUCAACACAGGUCAACUCUAUACUUUAUCCUAUCUAUCACACCUUAAUGGAACAGGAUUUUCAUUAAUUUCUUCUCCGUUUUCUCCAUGGUUUCUCUCAACUUUUUUCAAAAGUUUGGCGCACCUAUGUAGUUGCCAAAAUAUUUUGAGUAAUUCUUUUGAAUUAAUAUGUAAAAGGAAAAGUUCUGACCAUGGUUCGCCGUCUAUUUUAUCAAUUUCAAGACCCUGCGUGUUGAAUUAAGGGAAAUUCCAUUGUCCUUGAAUCUUAUCGUUAGCCUGUGGAUGAAGCUCUUGGUGCAGACACAUGACCUGCGUCUCCGCCCGAGGCGGCUAUCAUUCAAUCCAUCUAAAUCACCGCGUCCUCCGAUCCAUUGCAAAUCGAAAAGCGUCUAUUCUUUGUGGCCUCUGUUAACAGCCCUUUUUUAUUUUUUGACACAAAGUUUCUAGCGAGUUUCACAGCUACGUUGCAAAAAAAAAAUGUUUUUUGAAGUCGAUAAUUUCCUUUUUUUAAAACUGCAACGAACAUUUUAUAUGUUGAAAAAGCUGCGAAAUUCUGUUUUUAUUUUUUUUUGGCAAGGAAAAUACUUUGUGGAACCAAAUUUUUUUUCGAGCUACUGGGUGUUUUUUUUUUCUCUGUUUUUCAGUUAGAAAUUUUUUGUGGUUUAUCUACUUUGUUCAAAAGCUACCAUAACUGAAAAAAAAAAUUGGCCUUGCUCGAAAUUAUCUCAAAGUUUCUCGUAAGAUGUUCAAAUUGAAAACCCACGCGCAAAGGUUGAAGUAUCGCUUAACACGUGCGUCUUUUGGUUUUUUUGGUCGGAGGCAAAACAAAAAGGCAACGUUUUUUCUUUUUAUUAUGGCGUUGUGGCAGCGUGACACCGCCGGCGCUCUCCGUGGCGAACGGCAUCUUUCAGUCGGUGGCGACUGUUUUCCGAAAGCCCCGAAAUGUGUCUGCUAGAAUGGUGUUGUUGCGGAGAGCGCUUGUUUUUUGUGUCUCUGCAAACGGAAGGUUGCAGUCAGCUGCGGACGCCGAGAGAGGCCCUCAACCCCCAGGCGCCAGGCCUGCCGUACACGCCGCCGCCGAUCCUUGCUCCGGUCCGCAACGGCUCCGGCCUUUUCUGGCGGAUCGCCAAGGCUCUUGCUCAGCCCGAGGUAGGCCUUUCUUCCAUCUCUUCCGAGAGGAUGCAGCUUGGUCCAGACAAAAACAAUUGACGUUUUCUUGAAAUUUCCGCAGUUUCAUAGCGAAUCAAAAAUGAAUUCUCCGAGCCUCGAAAAGCAAAAAACUAUGUAAAUUCUUCCACCUCCCGUGUCCCUAAAAAUUUGCAACAAAAAAACCUAAAAGAAAUAAUUUACAUAGGAAACUAAAUUUGAAACCAGUUUUGGGUUUUUGAUUACCGCAACAAUUCGUCACUAGAAGUUUUUGUUUACCAAUAUAGGUAGUAUUAGGGACAUAGAGGUCCAUAUAAUCAGAAGAAAUAUGGAGGAUGAAAGAAAAGAAAAAAAAAACUAAAAAUUUUCUAGGUGGAGAUGAGUUUCGCUCAUAACUUUGCUGCAAAACUUCAUUUUAAAUCAAAAAAAAAAACAUUUUUCCUCCUGUUUCCUUCUGGAAAAAACAAAAAAAUCGUAUUCAUAAGCUGGGGUCUUGACAAAAAUGACUCUUCAGGAGAAAAAAAAUGUUCAAGUUUAAAAUAACAAUUGAACGCCUUUUAAAAAAAAACUAACUAAGUUAAUUUUUUUGUUUUCCAGGGUUUCGGCGAUUCUUCGCUUCCAGUCAGUCAUGGUUUGUUUGUUUUUCCCGCUUAAUAAACCUUUAGAAUUCAAAUUUAGCUUUCUAUUUUGGAAGAUGAAUUUAGGAACGAAUAAAUCAUUAAAUUUUUUUCUACGCGUAAUUAAAAGUUUUCUUGAAAAUCCCGAUGUUUGUAGAAUAAAAACCACCCUUUCAAUAUAAUGAAUUAGAAGAAUCAGUGAAAUUUUAAAAAAUUUUAAAAUCAAAGAAGAAUUCAGAAGGCGAAAUGAGCCCCAUGGAUGAUGUCGUGCGAAAUGUUGAGAUUGUCGAUCAAUCAGAAAAGGGUCAUCCUGCCCGGAAAAACGGCUUUUUCUACAUGGCCAGUCAAAUCAGCCAGCCGAACUUCGUCGACGAACUCGAGGCCCUGCGAAAGGAAUCUUGGGCUUCGACGUCAUCGACACGGUCAGACAGUUUUUCGAACUACAUUCGAAGUCGAGGUUUCAGUUCUGCCGAAGAAGUUCUGCGGAAACACUCGGUGGACACAGACGCGUACCUCAGGAAGGCCUCUUGCAUGUCCGACUGUUACUAUGAUCUCCCGACUUCUUGUCCCAAGUCCAGUGACGUCACUCCGUUAGUUUUAUCCAUCAUUAGCUUCGGAUCCGCUGCAGAAAAAAAAACCGAAAAGUGAGCCGUCGAUGGCAAAAGACAAUAGAGAUAAUAAGUACAUUUUAUUGAGGGAAUGCUUGAAAGAAAAAUUACUUGACUUGCAAAUGUUGCAGAUGUGUUCGAUUUGCAGACACAUCAACCUUGGUAAGGAAUUUCAAGCGCGGGUGCGCAAGUGGAACGACAGAGAAGUGCACGAGAGCGAGCUCGAAGCGAUUCCCGACCGCGACGAACUCGUUUUCUCUUCCGAGGUCCUGAGAGACAUCGACCAGGCCCAAGUAACUGCCUUCGAAGCGUUGGCAUGCAGUCAAGCCUGUCCGCGACCAGGCAGAAACAAGGUCUUUAUAUCUGGUCGAAUUUCGAACAAUGAGUUGUUCCAGGAACUAGCCUUGCACUUGCUGAUGGAAAACAAGGGGAACAUCGAGUCGGCGGUCGAGGAUCUUCUCAGGUCGGACACUCUCGACUGGGAGCAGUACCCCAUCAUCUACGCCUCUUCCUACGCCGACACGACCGUCUGGACGCCUGAAGAGGUCAACGCCUUCCAGGACGCCAUCUACAUGUCCGAGAAGGACUUCCAACGUGUUUCUCAAGAGGUUCUAGGUUUCUUCGUUUAUCAACGGUUCGUCUAUUCCAGCUGCCUGGGAAAAGCGUGCGAGAGUGUGUGGAAUUCUAUUACAACUGGAAGAAAGCUUGUCCUGACGACUAUCGCAAGCUCAGAAAUUUGAGGCGGAAAAGGCAGUUGCUCGAGAUCAACCUUCAAAAGGUUGGCUUCAGACUUGAUAGUGGAGUCUACAACUAAUAAUGAAACGAUUCUAGAUGGAAAUUCCGGAGUCCGCCAAAAAGAUUUGUGCUGACGAACCAAUGGAGUCCGACGCAGAAUCUGAUGUCACUGGACAAUCUUUCUCAGCCAUGGAAGUCGACUAUCGCGAGAAUCCAUUGUAAGUUCUCCUGCCAGAACUGUUGAAGUAGGAUAAAAUAAAAAAAAUUUUGCUUCGGAUUCUCAAAAUGAUGCGAGCUAACGUUGAAAUGAAAUGAGUUAUGAAAAAGGUUAUUUCUAUAAAUUAUGAAGAAAAAUUAUGAAUAAAUUUUUAUUUUUUUGAUUCACUUUUUGUGAUUUGUCAACUUUUCUGCGAACUCGUAGUUUUUCUUUUUCAAAAUCAAUUAAAAGAGAGUCGAGUAGGAAGCAACGUACAAAAUAAGAUAAGAAGAGAAAAAGUAUUAUUUUUUUCGAAUAUGUAUAACGGAUUUUUUACUUUCUUCGUCAAAUCCGCUGUUUGCGACGCAAACUUCACGUACACAGCGCAAAGACUGACGACAGUUUUCCGGAUUUAGCUGCAAAAAAGUUUCUCUUUUUUCCCCUGUAAUAUACGUUUUCAAUUACUUUGCGGUUUCCAUUCCUUUCCGUUCGCAUCUUUAAGUUACAGUACUCCACCCAUCGCCUGUUCGCCUCGCGAAGACAACUCCGUACCAGGUCACAGUCCGAUUGUCAAAGAUUUCACUGGAGUCCAACGGAACUAUCAACCGGUUUGAAAAGUGACGCUGUGGAGCAAAAAAAGAAUAUUUCCAGUUGGGACCGAGAACAGCUGGGAGUACUUCGCUGGCGCCAUCGAAUCCGAGCGGGAAAAAAGGAGCUCAGCCGAGUGCCGACGGAUUCUUCCACUGUCGGCUGUGCGACAAGUGUUUCGAAAAAGUCAAAGUCAGCCGGCUUUUUUUUUCGAGUUUCGAAUUCUUCGGUUUGCAGUCGCUGAACGCACACAUGAAAUCUCACGCGAUGAAAGCCCGAGCGGAGGCCGAAGCGAAGGCCCAUGACGCGCAAGUGGCUGCGGCCUCUGCGGCUACAGUGUCCGCUCCUCAAAUUGUCGCAGUCCGUUUUUUCACUUUUCUUUGAUCUUAUAUUGAGUUGAAUUGUAAAAUUAGAACGUUUUUUGAAACUGUUGCUAUCGAGCAUUAUCCUUCACAAAGUGGAAACUUAUCAUAUACUUUAUGAUCUUCUUCAUUUGAACCCUGAGUUCACUCUACUCGAAACGACUGAAAAACUUUCUGAGGUAUGUGGAGAUUCUGACAAGUUUCAACGUUCUACUCUCCUGCACAUUGUCCAGAAAAAAAGAGUAGAGGCUUUAAUUUGCUUGAAUAUAAAUAAGAAAUAAUUUAAAUGUACGCUGAGACUUUCAGGAUCUUCAUUCUGUACAAAUAGUUUGGCCAAUGGUCGGGAAAUUUCGAGUAAUGUUAACUUAUGUACAGGCUGACACUUUUCAUAUUGCUUUUUUUCAUUUGCAUUGAGACCUUCUAAUUGAAAGAAGUUGAGUCAGUGAAGAAGAUACUCCCAUAACGGUGUGUUGUUCGGAUGAGAUUUUUCAUCAAAAAUAGAAGCGUAACAAUGCCUUUGUUUUUCUCCGAUUUUUGUUUAUUUUUAGCGAUUUAAUGCGUUAAGAUGUUUAUCGAAAAUCUAAGUUUUGAACUUUUCAGUCGUCUCCGGUACCCCAGAUGCCGUUCUCAAACGGGCACCUUGGGAUCGCGAUUCCGUCUUCGAUGGGACAUCUGACGCCGCAGCAGCUCACUCCUCAGCAGCUCACUCCGCAGCAACUCAACUCCCACCUCGGCUCCUCACUCAGCAGCCACAUCAGCAACCAACUGAGCUCACAGCUGCCCUUGCAACUGACGCCGCAGCAGCAACUCGUCGCCCAGAACUUACGCAACUCGCUCGCCAUCCGGCAGAUGAACCAGCUGAGCGUUGUGGCUCCGACUGGCGACGACGCGUUCUCCCCGAACCCCCAGUUGCAGUCGAUGUUGCAGCAGCAGUCGCCUCUGGCUCCAGUUCCUCAGUCGCAGCAUCCGCUUCUCCACACUAGUCUGCCUACCAUCCAUUGA